GAGAGUGUGUGUUGUGUGUGUGUGUGUGUGUGAGCGAGAGAAAGGUCAUAGGGAGUUCUUCAAUCCAGCGAAGAGAUUUGUAGAGUGUGUGAGGGAUUCCUGGGCUGUGGAGCGCGAGAGAGAGAGAGAGAGAGAAGGAGCUAAGCUUGAGGUUCUCCUUUUUUUUUUUUUCUCCUCUCCUUGCUUUCUCGUGUGCUUGCUUGCUUGCUUGCGCUUGCUCGCUCGCUUCCAGCGGAUUCCACAGCGUUCUCUCGUGCACACACACUGACACACCCCAUUUUCCCAUCCCUUUCUUCUCUCUCUCUCUUUUUCUCUACUCUCCUCGCAUCUCUAGCACAAGCCCUCGUUUCUUUCUUGCUCCCAGUGCCAAUUCUUCGCGGGCGAAUCCGGCGCCCUCCUCCUGGGCGUUAGGGAUUGGAGCCGCGGCAAUGGCGAGGCGAGCAGCGCAUUGGGCUGCAUUGGGCGCGCUCCAAAUCAGGGCUCGUGAUCUGCUCCACUAGACUGGAAUCGCAGCGUCGGCUCGCUCCAGGACAUGCGGCGGGCGUGCUUUUGAUCCCCGGGGCUGGAUUCGCCGGCUGGAAGCACUUUAGGCUGGAUUCGCAGGGUCGCAGCAAAUGCCCAGUGGCGGCAUUUGGAGGUGUCGUCCGAGCUCCCGCGAGUGAACAACGAUGAGAGAUGGGAGAAGAGGAGGAGGAAUGUGUAGUGGUGAUGGAUGCCGCUGGGGGUAUGUGAUAGCGCGGCCGGAAUGUCUGGGCUCGUUCCAUCGUCCUCGGAGGCAACACCAUCUUUGUCAACGCCGCCAGCCUACGAGAGCGAUCUCAUCUCUUCCGAGAGACACGACAGGAGGAAUGCCAGUAGCAGGACUAGUAGCGGCAGCAGCCUGAGCAGCGGUGGGAGCUCCGGCGCGCUGCUCGAUCAAACGCAGCAGCACAGAUUACUCCCGGAUGGAAGGGAUAGCCAGGAAGAACAGGCGUCGCGCGACCAGGGUGGCGAGGGUGGCGAGGGUGGCGAUUGCGUGGCUGCCAACGAUAUCUUCCCGAGCUAUGGAUUGGUGUCCUUCAUCGGACGCCGCAAGGAGAUGGAGGACGCUGCUACCAUCGCUGGAGACUUUCUGUCACUUCCCUGUGACAUUGCCCGUCACUCCAGCCAAGAUGGUCACCAUAGCUCGCACCACUUCUUCGGUGUUUACGAUGGGCAUGGCGGAUCCCAGGUAGCACACUUUUGCAAGGAUCGUCUCCACGUCGCUCUAGUGGAACAGAUCAAAGAGUCGAUAGCUCUGGCCGGGUUUGCCAGUGCAAACGAGGUGACGUGCUGGAACACCGUGUGGGAGAAGGCUCUCGAGUCGUGCUUCCUCAAAGUUGACGGCGAGAUCGACUCGAUGUGCCUGCGGCCAGGCAACUGCGACAAGUGCGAGGUGAACACGGGCGUUUGCUGCGAGACGGUCGGAUCCACCGCGGUCGUCGCCGUGGUGAGCUGCUGCCGGAUUGUCAUAGCAAACUGCGGGGACUCGCGGGUGGUUCUUUGCCGCGGUGGUCGGGCCAUUCCACUCUCGGUGGAUCACAAGCCCGAAAAGGAGGAUGAGAUGCAACGCAUCGAGGACGCCGGCGGUCGAGUCAUCUUCUGGAACGGCUACCGAGUCAUGGGAAUGCUGGCCAUGUCCAGAGCGAUCGGCGAUCGCUACCUCGACCGCUUCGUCAUCCCAAACCCGGACGUCAAGUGCGUGGUGAGGAGCGACGAGGAUGAGUUUCUAGUCCUGGCCAGCGAUGGCUUGUGGGACGUUCUCACCAACGAGCAAGUGUGCGAGGUGACGAGGAUGUGCCUGGCGGGGCGGUGCACCAGCAACCUCGACGCUCUCUCGGCACACACGCACGGCACCGAGACCUCCCACGCCCGCGUCGCCGCCGCCUACCUCACCAAGCUCGCCUACAAUCGCCGCAGCGGCGACAACAUCAGCGUGCUCGUCGUGGACUUGAAAAGCGGAGUAGCGGCGGCGGCGGGGAUGCUCUCCUCGGUUUCUAUAACUUCCUCCUCCUCUAGCUCUAGUUCUUCGCCCGCGAUGCCAGUUUCUACGAUGACAAGUACUACUACUACUGCUGCUGCUGCUUCUACCGCUACCGUCGCUGCUGGAUCAACUCCAACAUCGGAAGUAGCAGCCACGCCUUGAGAGAUUUCUCUUUUCUUAUCUACGUUUUCUUUUUUUCUUCCGCGAUCGUUCUCCUCCUCCUUGGUCAUCGUCACCUCUUAAGUUUUGGAUCUCCUUCCACACGAUCUGGCCCAGAGAGACUCGUUCUCUUGUUGAAUCACUGUGGACUACUAUUAACAAACGAAUUUGUAAAUUUA